UUUUGUGCCACAGACCCAAUCCCUCGGAAAAGAGCGAACACAUCAAUUAAAAAAAGUACGAAACUGAUUCAAACUUGGAAGUCGAGCAGUCCAAUUCCACGAAAAGGAGCCUCGCGACAUUAUCUCGGUCUUAGGAUCCCAAACCGACAGGAAGUCUGAGGUCGAGACCUCUGCCAGUGGUGGUUUAAUACUCAAGACAUUUCCAACCCUUUGGAUGGUCUCGCUGACCUGAUCUGGCCUCGCGGCUUUCGACGGGAGUACAAGAAUGCAAAUAAAUUCUGUCAGUGUCAUUGUCGAAUCUUUGUGAAGGUUGGAGCCCGAGAGAAUCCGCUCGAAUAUACGUCAUGAUAACCCUCCGCAAGCGAGUCAGGAGGUCGGGCGGCGAUGGCGAGGAUGAUGGCGACAGUAGGGAGCCAGGGCCUUCUCGGCCGUGCCGGCCUGGCUACCCGUCGAAAAAGCUCUCUAUCAGGGACCAGCUCCUCCAGAAAGAGGUUAUGGAGUUGAACCAAGACAUUUUGCCAAACACGGUCAGAGUACACUUCCCGGAUCCGAAUGCAUUCCAUCAUUUAAUGGUAUCGGUCUGUCCAUCUGAAGGCCUUUGGUCGGGCGGUGUCUUCGAUUUCGAGAUAAACGUGCCGGAAGAGUACAAUAUGGCCCCUCCAAAGGUGAAGUGCCUGACGCCGUCGUGGCACCCGAACAUUAAUUUUCGCAGCGGCGAAAUCUGCCUGUCUCUCCUGCGAGUGUCCGCAAUCGACAAUAUGGGCUGGACUCCUACUCGGCGUUUGAGGGACGUCGUGUUAGGGCUCGAUGGACUUUUCGGAGAUCUCGUCAAUUUUGAAGACCCCCUGAACAAAGAUGCUGCUGACCAGUAUCAAUGUUGCUCCGAGGCAUUCGAACAGAAAGUCCGCGAUCUGAUCCGACAAAAUUUCCGUUCGAGGCGUCGAUGAUGCGACCGCCUGCAUCGGCCAGCGUCGCGAAAUGUAAUGUAUUCAGUCUUUACUCUUUCGGAGAUUUCGUCUCCGAAAAGUCUGCCGGGAAGCUAGCAGCUCACAAUUAGCGGUCGGGAAACAUGGAACAAUUUGCCAAGCCCUAAGGGGCUCCCCCGAGUCAUUUUGAACCAGCCCGUGUGCAGCAAUAUCAUUCCGGCUUUCCUGGAAUCCGAACGCGUGAAGAUCCAUCCGAAAAUCGAGCACUAGGAUAUCUUAUGAAAAUAUAAUGGAAGGUUCCCCGGUAA